AGGCGCUACUCUCCCCUAUUCGGCCGCUCCAAGCCUCCCAACAGAUUGGGGCGCUUGAAGACGGAAAAACAGAAGGAAAACUGGGGGAAAACAAAAGAAAAAUCAACGAAAACAAAUGGGAGUAACAACACAAAACCCUUGGCAUCAUCCAAGCUUCCCUAUCCAACCGCUCCAAGCCUCCACCGAUCGAGACUCCUGAGGACGAAAAACUAAAGGAAAAACGGGGGAAAACAAAGGAAAAAUCAACGAAAACAAAGGAAAGACGGAAAAAUUAACAGGGUCUUCUACUGUUACUGAAUAAGUCAAUGAGGUGGUUAGAGAAAUUGUUAGGCUUUCCCAAAGCUGUGAAGAUCACUAGCAAGAUCUCUAAGUUUGGUUCCUUGUUAAAUCAGACUGCAGAUAAAUAUCUAGUAGGUCCUUAUAAUGAUAGAAGGUCUAUGAGCAAAAAUUAUUGUGAUGAACUACAUCAAAAAGGUUGGCUCUGUUGCUCACUUUCACCACAGUAUGGCUUAGGAAAUGCAAAUGUACAUCUUCCCACAAACCUACUUUCUUCUGACAACUUGUCUAAGCUACAAUAUGAUAUGGGAAACCACCACAACAUGCUACAAAUUCCAUUAUCUCGUAGAUUUGGUUCUGUUGGGAAAGAAUAUUCUAUGAGUAGAGAAUGGCUAACACAGCUUUGGCUAGAAGAGAAAAGGAGGACUGCCAGAAGAAGAAGUAGAAGAAAACAAGUGUUUUGCGAACCAGUUCCAGCCAAGCAAGAAAUCCAAGUUAAAAUUAUCGAGCAACCACCAAUUAGUCAAUAUGAUGAAGACCUUUGUCACCCAAGUUCUCCUGAGGAGGUCAGAUUGGCACCUCUUCUUGCCAGAGCCAACUUGCUUAUUACUAGAGACAUAGAAUGGGCAAAUAUUAUGUUUGCCUUUGAACAGGAGAGCCGAUAUGUCAUAGUGGAUGCUAGCUAUCCUCAAUCUCCUGUGGGUUUUAUUCGUGAGCAAAGUAAUAUCAUCUUUAGGCAGGUACUUCGUUCAAGACGCCCAUUCAUUGCUUACAUAUUGGAUGGCAUGGGUAACGAAAUAUUUAGGGUUCGCAGGCCUUUUUGGUUGAUAAACAGCACAAUUUAUGCGGAAGUAGAUGGUAAGGAAAUUGGUGUAGUUAACAGGCGUUGGCAUCUUUGGCGGCGAAUUUAUGAUUUGUAUUUGGGGAAUAAGCAGUUUGCUGUGGUCGAAAACCCGGGCUUUUGGGAUUGGACAUUCACUCUGAAGGAUGAAAAUGACAAUGUGUUGGCACAGAUCAACCGUGAUUGGAGGGGUCUUGGUUUGGAGCUCUUCACCGAUGCUGGUCAGUAUGUGAUUCGAUUUGGAAAUGCUGAUUCAAGUUCUGGGCUGGCUUCAGUGAUACCAGAAUUAAAAGUUGCUCGUCCACUCUCUCUCUCUGAAAGAGCUGUAGCUGUUGCUCUUGCUGUUUCUCUGGACAGCGACUAUUUUUCUAGGCGGGGUGGCUGGGGCCUCCCUCUUGUCAUUGCUGGUGAGUAGAACAUCCAAAGGUCAGCUGCCAUUGCUUUUUGUGAAGAAUUGUCAUGGAGUAUCAUUUGGUGUCACCUCUGCUUUGGCCCUUUUGGUUAAAGAGAUUCAACUACAUUAUUGAAAAACGGUAGCAUUUUGCAUGUUUGCAUCAACCAACCUUCAGUUUGUUAAAUAAAUUUUCUCUUGUUGUUGCUAUCAAGAUAUGUAAACUGAUUGUUUCCUUGCUUACCAUUUUGGUGGUUUAAUGUGCUUCAGAGUGGAGAAUUCCUGUAUAGCAAUUAACUUUGACAGAUUACUGAUAGAACAGAUUGAGAAGAUGGUAAGAAAAGAGAAGUUAAAAAAAUAAAUGCAUUUCUUGUUCUUCUAGGCA